ACUCUAACCCCCUGACCCCCUCCCAGCCGCCUACACUGAAAGGGCUGUGGGGGUCACAUGAUCCCGUGCCACUAGCGAUGGCUUGUUCAAUUGCAUCUGUUACAUGGGGACUGAUUGUUUAAGAAUUUUGCUUCCAUCAACAGAGGGGAUAGCCCAGUGGAGUCAUCUUCCACUCUCCUAUCUCUCCUAGGCUUGCAACGUCUCUCUCUCUUUCCCUCUAUCCCUUUCUCCCCAGAAAGGUAAACGAUUAAGAGGGUGUUUUUACUGAAGAAACAAGUAUCAGGUACCACACAGUGGCCACAGCAGCUUCUCUUAGGAUGUACAGCUUCAUGGGAGGGGGCCUGUUCUGUGCCAUGGUGGGGAACAUCCUGCUGGUGGUCUCCACAGCAACAGACUACUGGAUGCAGUACCGUCUGUCGGGCAGCUUCGCCCACCAGGGCCUGUGGAGGUACUGCAUGUCGGGAAAGUGUUACAUGCAGACGGACAGCAUUGCAUAUUGGAAUGCCACCCGGGCCUUUAUGAUCCUGUCAGGGAUGUCGUGCUUUGCGGGCAUCAUCGCAGGCAUCCUCUCCUUCGCCCACUUCUCCGCCUUCGAGAGGUUCAACCGUUCCUUUGCUGCAGGGAUCAUGUUUUUCGUCUCCACCUUAUUUGUUCUUCUGGCAAUGGCCAUCUACACGGGUGUGACAGUGAACUUUCUGGGCAAGCGUUUCGGUGACUGGCGUUUCUCUUGGUCCUACAUAUUGGGCUGGGUGGCACUGCUCAUGACCUUCUUUGCAGGGAUAUUUUACAUGUGUGCCUACAGAAUGCAUGAAUGUAGGAGAGGAGGCGGCCCUACACGCUAGAGAGAAAGACACAGCAAAUCGCACAAACUGUUUAAAAAAACAACAUUUAACACUGAAUGAAUGACCUUAACAUAUGACAGAAAGCCUUCGUACAUGGGCCUCCAUCCCCUGAUGCUUCCAAUGGAUUUCCUGGAUAAAUAAAGACUUGAUAGAAAAAUAUACAACAGCUUUCUGCCAUUCACAUGAAAAGAAGAAUUAUAACAACUUUAUUUAGAAAGACAAUUCCACUAGCUUCUUUAUCUAUGUACAGUAAACAGGAAAAUAUGUUUCAAAAUGGCUAGCACUGCAAUGGUUAUGGUAUCUCCUUAGUGCCCUUUUCAAGCAUAUAUGCGAGAUGAGAACAGGCAUUUUGUACAUGCAAAUGUAGCCUAUUGUAGGUUUGGUUAGGAAUAUGGGCAGGUGGAGCCAUGCUGACUAGGCAAGUUCUCAUAUUUUCCAAUAAAGUUCCUCUCUAAAUGCUC